CAGUGGUUGCAUCGUCGCGUUCGCAAUCAGUUCUACGCCGACCGCACAACAGCGAACACGCAGUCUGCCGCCGGCAGCUCUCUCACCGUCCGUCAGUUCGUCAGACCGCCUGUCACUCUCCCCGCUCUCGACCCCCCAAACCCCCCACAACCCACAAAACACUCGCCGACCGACCGUCACCCCCGUCGCUUGGCACGCGCUCUGUCACUCGCUGUCCGUCGUCCGUGUCGUCGUCAUCGUCGUCUCCCUCUCCGGCACCGCCGUCACUCUUUUGUCUUUCGCCGUCGCGCGAACCUAGAGAGAACAGCCGAAAACCGUGCCGAGUCUCUUUCCGUCGCCGGUCGUACGCCGCAACACUCUGCUGUUGCAGUGCCGUCAAUCCGUCACCUCCCCCCCUAAAAUUUUAAACUCGUCGAAAUCCUUUUGCCCUCCGCGGUAGAAGAAGACCUGCAACGGACCCACCAUCAAGCGUCACCCUGCAAGACCGGCCACGAGGAGUGUCGACCGAUCUUCGCUGUACCACCACUGUUGUGCGAUCGCAUAUCAUAUUACACCAUCGUAUAUACAUAGAAAUAGAACAGACGAUAUCAUCGAAGCCGCACGAUGAGGGUGGAACUGGAAUCUGCCGUCAAGUUUAUAAUUUCGAUGCUGCGCGCUGGACACCGGUCGAAGCUGGUGCGUAGCAAGGGUGACAAGUUCUUUCUGGAACCCGAGAUCGAGAUGCUGCAGAUUUCGCUAUUAGCCGUCAUGAACCGUCAGUACAAAGACUUCUGGUUCCCCGAGUCGCCAAACCGCGGUUCCGCAUACCGGUGCAUCCGGAUCAACAAGGACAAGAUGGACCCAAUCAUCGCUCGUGCCGCUGACGCUUGCGGCCUGUCAUGCCACCUGAUUCGCGCGUACCUGCCCGACGAGCUCACGUUGUGGGUGGACCCAUCCGAGGUGUCAUACCGCAUCGGCGAGGAGGACGGCAGCAUUUGCGUACUAUACGAAGGUCCUCUGCCGACACCGCAUGACAUGGCCAACGUACAACCAGGUCGUCCUUCGUCGUCAUCGUCGUCUUCAUCUUCGGUGUCCACGUCCCCCGGAUCGUUGUCCUCGUCCUCGCCGCCAUUCAACAAUAGCCGCAACAGCCAUCUCCAUCUCCAGCACCAGCAGCAACAGCAGCACCUUCAGCAACAACAGCAGCAGCAGCAGCAGCAGCAGCAGCAACAACAACAGCAACAGCAGCAACAACAACAGCAACAGCAGCAACAACAACAGCAACAGCAGCAACAACAACAACAACAGCAACAGCAACAGCAACAACAGCAGCAAAUACAUCAGGCUGACGGCAUGGUGGGUUCGUAUACCAGCUACACGUCCCCGGUCAAACCGUCGAACGUAAUAACGUUCGUGCCGCCCACAUACGGAUCUCCAGUACAGUUCGUACAUUCACCUUACCAGUCGUAUCCCGCUUUUAUUUCCAGUUAAUUUUAGAGAAAACGUAUUCACACCGAUUCAAAAGGAAAAAUGCUUAUUUGAUGUGUAUUUUAGUGAUUAAGAAUGAAAUGAAAAAAAAAAAACUUAAAAAAUUUUAAAAAAAAAUAAGAAGCUUAAACAUUUAGAUUUAUAUUAUUUAUUAGGUAAGUACCUAUAUAUAUAUAUUUAUUCGAUAUAAUAUAUAUUAUAUGAACAAUACAUAUAUAAGUAUAUGUGUUGGUAAGAUUUUAUUUGCAAACAAAAAAAUAACAUCGUGAUUUAUACGCGAAGCACUCAGUAUAGUAUAUUUUAUACGAUACAGAAUCCCCCCCCCCCCCACUCUACCCCGCCCACGACCAUUGAUUGAUUGCAGUGAUCUCACAAGUCCUCAAGAAGUAUGCUGUAUUUGAGCAUGGGACGUUGAAUUAUUAUUAUCGGAUCGUGUGUGCCUCGUCUCUUUCUCGAGACACAAUCUGUGAUUACACGUUUCGCUAUAAUAAUAUACGUAUGUGUAUAUAAAGCACAAUAUUAUGAUACUAUUAUUAUUGUAUUGUAUUUAUCUACAUGUCACCUAUACUGUAAGGAAAAUAAAUAAUAACGAUAAUGGAAACUUCUCCUAGCCCUCAUCCCUCCCCAAUUAAUUUUUACGAUUUGUACUGGGUGCUUACUUGAGACGGAUAUCAAAUGUUGUAAGGACUUAAAAAAAAAAAAAGUAAAACAAAAUGAAUAUAGGUAAUAAGAGCUGCUGAGUAGACUGGGUUGUGUAAUACGUUUUCGAAGAAAAUCGAUUGUAACCAUGUUUUGUUUUGUAUAAUAAUAUCUAUAUCUAUAUCUAUCUAUUUUGUGUAUGUAUAUGUGUGCGUGUGUGUGUUUAGGAGUUUUUUUAUCGCUGUUUAAAAAACAUUAUAAUGAUAAUUAUUAUUGUUCCGUAAAGAAUAUUACAAAUAUUAUAUAGAUGUACCUCGUAAAUAAAAGGCUUUUUAAAAUACUGAGUAUUAAAAAAAAAAUAAUCCAUUUUUGCAUUUCGUUUAAUAGUUAAUAUAGUUCUCAUGAUUGCCAAGCCGAAAAAAAAUUAAAUUUGUGUCGAAAAAGAAUAACAUACCUAUUAUAGUUUAAUGUUAUUUAUAAUUGUACAACAUGUACACACACGAUAAAUUUAUUAUUAUAAUAUUCGUCACCCCCUCCCCCAUCAAACACUUCAACCUCCAUCACCACCUCACGUGUCGUGCAAGUCAGCAGCCGCCACCAAUAUUAUUUCGUUCCCCGUUUUAAGAACGUAAUUUUUCUGUUUUUGUUUCUUGAACGUGCGAUGAUUAAAAUAUGUUAUUCGUGUCCCAUUAACACGUAGGUGCGCGCAUGUACGGUCAAUUACUAUUAGACUUAUAUUUUUGUUAUUCGACCGUAUAUAUUACUAUAUAUUAAUAUGAUAUUAUUUUACAUUAUAUUAUACUGCUUGGUGGUGACUCGCGGAGCAUUUCGUUAAACGUAUGCGUCCACUUCAUUCGCCGAACAAAAUUUAUUAAUUUAUUGAUUAUUAAAAAAUUAAAACGAUAUAUUGUUCCUCUAAUGUUAAACGUUGAUUUUUUUUAGUAACGCUACAGCGAUUAAAAGGAUUCAUUUUUCAUUCCACAAAAAGUUAAAAGUAAAAAAAUAGACCUAAAAGUUACGCGCAACUACAUGACGUAGUAAUGUAUAAAUAUAUUUACCAAUGUAUGGUUUUUCGCAAAUAAUUUGAGACUUUUACUUCUCAUAUAUUUUAUAUAAUCGUUUGGUCAAUUAAAAUUUGUAUUUAUAUUUAACUAUAUUAUUUUUUUAUGUAUAUUAUCUUCGUUUUAACUAUUAAUUAUAAUUGUAUUCAGCCCUCACGAAUGGUUUCUCGUGUUUAUGAAUUUUUUUUUGAAACUGAUCUAACGUUUGCUAGUCGUAAUAUGAUAAUAUAUAUGCAGGUGUAAUAUUUUAUCAAUCAAAAGUAUGUUAAAAGGAAAUCACGUCGCACGAUGCUUGGGAAUAGAUUUGAGUA